UGGGUUCGUUAAUCCCGUCGCUAGAACUCUGUAUUUCCUCCUUUGAUAGGAACGGCCGAGCCUGGUUACGGGCGGGACAAAUUAGUGGGGAGUCGGCUGCACUCGAUGUUGAAAAGCACUCGGGUAACACAAAUGCAUUUCAUUACUUCGCGGGCGGCAGAAAGUCGAGGAUAUCGAAAAGUCGAAAACGAAAAGUGUUAAAGUUCCGUUCGAUUGUCCGUAAAAAGGAUUUUGGAGACAUGAGGGUCACUCUUGCGGAUUCGACAGUUCUGAUUCUUCUACCCCUCGUGCUGUUCUUCGUGAGGGUUAUUGGCGACAGCAAUGCGCGGACGUUCACGAAAAUUAACGGCCAGAAGUCGCAAUUAAUCUCGUUUGACUCUAAAGAGGGAGAGGUCGAAGUCAAUUGGGAGGUGUCGGUACCCUUUUUCACGAUACCGCUGAACCACGUGCGUGAGAAUGGCGAGGUGUUACCGCUGCUUAACGUUAACACGAAGGGAUUGUCGGUCGCCGGAGUAUUAACAGCCAUCCUCACGUUGGCAGUGCCGCUCUUAUCGAAGCCAGCCCCGGGAAUGCAAUAUCGAAGUCUCGAUUCGCAGUGGUCGCAAAUGGGAGAUACAAUAAGUGAGAUUGUGUUUAGCAAUCGCUACGUCACACCCUGCGUUCAGCGCAUUGUUUGCACCAUCGUUUCCGAGGCGAGAAAUUCCGACAGUCCUUCGAGUACCGACAAGAUCAUCGAUGGCCUGUCAAGUCACAAGUGGUUUAAGGAAGUCACAAAUGGCACAGUACUUCAGGAAGCUAUCAGAGUAGGUCGAGAAGGGCACCAUGAUUGCGACCGCAUUUACAAGGAGUGCUUUGUGACGCAGAAAAUUCUUAAGAGUAUGAUGACGCAAUUUGGUGCAAUUUGAUGUCGCGACGUUUCGCAAUUGCAAAUUGUAAAGGUAUUAUCGAUCUCGAGAUGGGAUUUGGUAUCCUUUUAUGAUCAUACACAUCUUCUUGUUGCCGAAUAGAAUUGCGCAUCGCGAAUGGCUUUACGAAAAUUUUACAAAACACCCUUUCUAAUACGGUAAAUCUGUCUCACAUUUAAUUUUGAAGCUACUCGCGGUGUAACGAGCGAGUUACAUCAGGAUGGCUGAUCUUCAUUAUCCUGAUGCACGAGGUGUGAAAUUUCGUCGCGCUUAAGAGAAACCACGUCGCGUAUUUAAAUAACGCGCUUUCACUUUUCCUUUCCCACAAAUCGUUAGAAAAUUACUGUUAUUUUAACAAACAUAACGAGUCUGGUGUCAUAUACAAUUCAUUCUCAUUCGUUAAUUUCGGUAAAAUUAAACAAUUUCUUUAUGACAAUGCAACUAAAAUGAAGAUAAUUGGUACAUAGAAUUUUUCUGCGCUUUUCUUCUCGUAAAAAAUUUGAUUUUUUUACAUCAAAGAAACAUGAAAAAAGAAAGUGAUCAGCAAGAGACAGACACGCUAUGUAAUUAAAUUUUUUAUUUUCAUAAAAUAGAGAUUAUGUUAAAAGCAUGUGGUAAAUAUAUUAUUCAAAUAAGUAUUUAAGUAGCUUUAGUAGCAUUCUAAUUUAAUUAUAUUGCAUUCAAACGAUCACAGCUAUUUUUAAUAAAAAUUAUUAGUAGGAUUUGUAGGAUUAUUAUUAUUUCUAAAAAAUAUUAAUUUUAAUAAAAUUAGAUAAAUAAGAUUGCGUGGAAUAGUCGUUGGUAUAAGAUCACGAAUUUAGAAUUUGAAUUCUGAGAUGUCAAAUAACCCGAAGAUUCCUAGUUUCCUGGGAAUUAUUGGCUUCCUUAUUCAUAUUUGUCAGACAAUUGCUACAGUAAAUAUAAAUUUUAUGUUUACUGUAAAAAUACAUUUCAUUCUAUAAACAUGUAUAAAUUUAUACAUUUUAUUAUUUUCAUAUAUUAAUGUUUUACAUUAUCAUUUCUCUGCAUAAUAAUGAAGCUGUUUAUUACUAUGUAAAGAAAUAAUAAUAUAGAAAUAUAAAUAUAACAUUUUAUGGUUUAUAAUUUUACUACAAAAAUUAAGUUUUUUUUAUUUAGCGAAUUCUGACUUUGUAAUCGUAUCACGCACUGUAAUUAAAAUCCAAUCCGAAGGUAAUUAAAUAUAUGCCUAGA